AUGCCUGGGCUACUUGUCCUGCUCACAGCCCUUGCGAGUCUGCCCAUACUCUCUGCCCUCCGCGUCUAUCUCCUCCUCCCUUCACGCGCUACAAAGGCCCAAUCUAGAGCCGGUGACUCGAAAUGCUCUCUGGCAGUAUUUCUCGGAUCUGGAGGUCACACGAGCGAGAUGAAAGCUCUUCUCUCGUCCCUGGAUUUUGAGCGCUACCAACCUCGGACAUACAUCUACUGCCAUGGUGACAACAUGUCCUUGAACGCUGUCGCGGAGAUAGAGUCCCAAAAGGGCAGCUUGACACACGCAAAGGCGUACGGCCUCUUGCCCCUUCCCCGAGCCCGCCACGUUGGCCAGCCUGUUCUUACGACGUCGAUAUCCGUCAUCAAGACGCUUAUAGUCACAAUCCACCAUUUGCUCGUUGUCCCACUCUUUACGCGCCCUACCGAGCCGUUUGCAGACUUGCUCAUCGUGAAUGGUCCGGGAACGUGUGUGGUACUGGUCGUUGUUGCAUGGAUCAGAAGAAUUUUGGGACUCUCCUAUACCAAAAUCAUCUACGUUGAAUCAUUCGCGCGGGUCAAAUCACUCUCCAUGAGCGGCAAGCUCGUGCGCCCCUUUGUCGACCGCUUCCUCGUUCAGUGGCCGCAAGCUUCAGACCACAAAGCAGAGUGCAAAGGCUGGCUUGUCUGAUUAGAUAGUAUGCAUUUUUGGGUU